UUUGCAGUGCAGUAGCACUCAGUAUCACAACGCCCGACUAUUAUGAGAGAAGGGGGCUGAGCAUAUGCCGCGCUCAGCCUCAGCGAUGGCCGAAUCGGAAAACGAUCGCUUCCCCGUGCGGCGCAUGGCAGUUUGAACUGCUGAAGAAAUGGAUAGUUCGUGGUAAAUUCCACUUCGCGUGUUGCGAGAAUAGGUAUCCUACCUUCAGGUAGCCCAGUUUGCGACCUGGUACAUUGAUAGUAGCAUGGCGCCAGCAUUUCCGAUUGACGAUGAUGGUGAUCGAGAGACCAAGGCGGCCUUUCGUGAGGCCCUGCAGGCCUUCAAACAAAAGAUAUCGCAGCGCAACUUGCAGAGAUUUGAGGUCAUGUCCAGUCAAGAAGUGAAACUUGAAAUAUUUCGCAUCCAGCGAGAUCAAGAGCUUCUGAAGGCCAUGUUGAAUCUGCGCCGGAUGGAAAGGUUUCUUCUCAAACUGGAAGAACUACAAAUAGCCCUGCGAAAUUUCAUGGACGCUGGAUCAUACCUUUCAUAUGUGUGGGGUGCGAUGCAGUUCUUGUUGUCGAUAGCAUCAAACUUUUCUCAGGAAGGCCUCGACAGUCUACUGCACGCCUAUGAAACUUUGGGUCGAAAGAUGCCAACUCUUCGCAAGCUAGAAUGUCUUUUUACCAAACACACAGGUUUGCGAAAGUGCCUAGUCGCGUUGUACAAGGAUAUAUUGGAUUUUCACGCAGGAGCAUAUCAAUGUUUCACUCAAUUUUCAGAAAGAGGCCGGAAGAAGAUUUUCAAGUCGGCCUGGAAAGACUUUGACAACAAAAUACGCUCGCUCGAAGCCAGCAUGGCGGCCCAGAAGGAUAUGAUCGAGCUGGGAGAGAGCAAGCUAGACUAUCGACGCUCUUCUGGGCGGAAUGGCGACUUGAACGGUGACGAUGUCUGGGAACUCCGUACUCAGAUCUUGCACUUUGAGAGCGAAAGUAGGAAACGAGCUCAAGACUUCGAGAAUAAGGAAAAGGAACGCCUUCGCAACCAAUCCGAUGAGGCACUAAAAUGGGUUUCGGGUAGUCAGAACACUUCAGAAGAUACGCACACUCAUUGUUCUACUGUGCGUCGUACGUACCCUGGGACAUGCGACUGGAUUCAGAAGAACGAUGCGAUUGACAAUUGGAUGAGUGUCCCAACACCGACGCACUCCAUAGUAUGGAUCAACGGAAGCAUGGGUGCAGGGAAGUCUACAUUGGCAUCCCACUUGAUCGACCGAUGCACGGAGUGCACUUCAGCAGGUGCCCCUUUCAAGACAAUAUACUUUUAUUGCAAAGGCAAAGAACCGGAAUCGUCGAGUUGUCUCGCCAUGUUUAGAGGGCUUCUACGCCAGCAGCUUAUGCAUAUCCGAAGCGACGAAAAGUUUAGACACCUUGUAGCGUAUUGCCACGACAAAAAAUAUGGAUCCGGUCAGCCUGGCCAAAAGCUCAACACCUACGAGGUUGCAAAAUCUCUGCUGGAGCUGUUUUUCGAGAUCAUACCACAUCAAUAUAUCAUCAUUGAUGGGCUGGACGAGUGCGAAAAACCUGAAAUCAAGCAAUCGCUUCCGAUCCUUACUGCAGUCGUUGCACGACAAGAUAACACUGAGCCUGGUAGGCUGCGUCUCCUAAUAGUUAGUCGUGAUAUGCCCGAAAUCAAGAGGCCUCUUUCAUGCGAGACAACAACUGCCAACAUUGUCAAGAUUGAAUCGAAAGACAACGAGGAAGCUAUAUCCAAUUAUGUCACACAACGACUGUCACAGUUUCCACCUGCGCUCAACUUGACCAAGAACGAAAUGGACCGGAUCAGAGAUCUUACGUGCAACAAAGCCAAGGGCGCUCUAGGAAUGUUCCUCUUUGCUGAGCUGGUACUCAAUAACCUUGCACAAGUCAUACAGAAAAAGACCCUCUUGGAGGAGCUAGAUACUCGGCGCUUUCCCCAAAACCUCCAGCAAGCAUAUGAUCGCAUCAUCAACGGCAUACGAAAGAACCAGGAUGUCGAGCAGUGGGAGAAGACUAAAUCGAUUUUCGGCUGGCUCAUAUGUGCGGGGCGUACCCUUCGUUGGCACGAAAUGCAAGCCAUUGUGUCGAUCGAGAGACAUGACCAGCUGGUAGAGUUUCAGCAGAAUAAGUUCAUUCCGGAUGUACAAGAAUUGUGUGGGACUCUAGUACAUGUCAAGCCGGGCAACAAGGUAGAACUCAUACACCACACUGCUCAUGAGUACAUUCUGAAAAGCCAGUUUGUCAAUAGAGCUGAGGUUCAAUUUGACCUUGCGACAUUAUGCAUGCAAUACCUGACGUUCCCUUGUUUUGAGAGCGGCCUUACUGUGCCUAUCAAGAAGCAAUUCGCCGAAGAUGGCUUUUAUGCCUUCCAGGACUAUGCUGUGUCACAGUGGUUCUACCAUAUUGCCGAAGUGGUCCACAUUUCAGAGCACCUGCUUUCUAUGGAUGCAGCCAACCCCGAAAAGCAUGCCAAGUUUGUGAAGUUUGCCAAGAUCCUAGACUUGUUCAUACACAGGUACCAGGAUUCCAUUGAUGAUCAGGACUCUUCGACGCCGGAGGACGAGCCGGAGCCAUCGACGUCUGCGCGUCCUAAUACGAAAGAAUUGGAAGAGCAUGCCAAGAAGGAAUGUGACAGUCUCAAAGACAUGCCGUUCCACCCCAUGCUGUUGAAUCUUUGGAUCCACAUCCAGAAACAUGAGAAAGAACAUAUCGACAACCGAAACAAACCGAGCCUGAAGGAAAUGGAAAAGAUACUGAAAGAAAACCGAAAAGUGAUCGAAGCCUUCUUCGACACUGUCAAGGGCAGUAACGAAGCCGACAAGCUGAACGAAUACUACGGCAAGAAUAUUUACAAGUGCCCGAAAACCCGCUGUGGAUAUUUCUAUGAAGGAUUCGAGGAGGAAAAGAAACGCGAGCAUCACAUCAAUAGACACGAUCGGCCGUUCGAGUGCACAAUCCCUGGCUGCGGUAUCGGGGCAGCUGGAUUCAUCUCGAACAAGGAUUUGGAGAGACACAAGAAGAACUAUCACAUGAAUUUCACCGAGGGGCCGGCCGCCUUCCCGCUGCUGAGCAAGAAGAAAAACAACGAGGCGAAGUUUGACUGCAAGAUAUGCGGCCAGAAAUUUACGCGCAAGAUCAACCUUACUGGUCAUACGCGUAGUCACUUUGGGGAGCGGCCAUAUCAGUGUCAGAACUGCGGGAAGAAGUUCACGAGAGUCAAUGAUUUGAGGAGACAUGAGAAACUACACCUCAGGAAAUGAGGAAGAAUUGAACAGGUCCAGAUGGAAAGAAAAAUGUUGUUUCGUUAGGAUCACACUGACAACAGGUGCCCAUAGAACGUACUCGAAGUAUGGGAACGUGAAAAUGGGCGCGCACCUACAUUGCUCGUUGAUCGCUAUUCUAACUCCUGGAUGCAGGGUCAUAGACGUUGCUAGAUACUCGUCUAAUACCAUCGUGUUUGCUA